AUGAGCUUCUAUCCUCAACCAGCCCAGCAGUCGGAAAAGCGCAUCAUCCACCAAUGUCCAGUCCGCGCCCCAGCCGGUCUUCUCGGCUACCUCGACAGCCUGCACACUAUAUCGACCGAGCAGGAAGACGCAAUCGACAGGACAGAAGUGGAAAAGGUCGGAUUCGAUAACUAUAUGAAGGACAAGUAUAUCGCGCUUGAUCAGGACAAGUGCUGGUUCGUGUAUCAGACUUGUCUGGCCACGGGUGCGCGAAACGUCGUUGAGGCUGGGACGAGCUUCGGUGUCAGUACGAUAUACCUCUCGCUAGCCGUACAGCAGACGAUCAAGCUGCGAGGAGGGGAGGGGCGAGUCAUCGCGACAGAGAACGAGCCAGAGAAGGCCGCUCGUGCCCGGUCGACGUGGGCAGAGGCGGGCGAAGGUGUAGCUGACCUCAUCGACCUAAGAGAAGGCGAUCUGAGGGAGACGCUGAAGGAUGGACUCGCAGAUAUUGAUCUCCUGCUUCUGGACAUCUGGGCUCCGCUUGCUCUGCCCGCCCUGCGGCUUGUAGAGCCACACUUCAGACGCGGCGCAGUCGUUAUCUGCGACAAUUCGAUAUCGUCCGCGGAUCGCUAUGCAGACCUCCAAGCGUACAUGCGGGACCCAAAGAACGGGUAUGCCAACCUGACCGUCCCCUUCAAGAAUGGCCUCGAGAUGAGCGUGUAUCUUGGCAGGUAUGGAGGGACAUAG